CAGUGUCGUGACAGGAACAGUACGUGUACAAGUUACCCACUCGACAAAGUAGCACGUAUUUACUUAGUUGACCAGUCCUCCAGCGUCUUUCCUUGGAUACAGUAAUACAGAUAGAGACCCAGAAUGAUGCAGCAGAGAGCAGAAGCGUCUCCCGAGGCCGCGGACCCCCGGGGCCGGACGCCCGAAGGAGGCCAGGGGGACGCCGGGGCGGAGGCGGCGGAGGAGGCACCAGAGAGCAUGACACCGAGAGCCACGGGGAGCAAGAGCAAUGAUAUGAGCGCGUCUUCCUUGCCCGCUGCUGAGGAGAGCUCAGUGGACGAGUAUGCAGAGCUAACAGAUGCCCUUGCAAUAGAUUGUGAAAUGGUGGGUGCUGGACAGAGGGGCAGAAUAUCUAUGCUAGCAAGAGUUUCUGUUGUAAAUGAAUAUGGUGUAGUACUUCUGGACAAGUAUAUUAAGCCUUGGAAGAAGGUUGUCGACUACAGGACAAAAUAUUCAGGGAUUCGAGAAGCUGACUUAAAACAUGGGGAAGAUUUUGGCCAUGUCAGGAAACAGGUGCUGGAGAUGCUUAAGGGGAGGAUAUUGGUGGGCCAUGCAUUGAAACAUGACCUUCAGGCACUUUCCAUUACUCAUCCAAGAGCACUUACCAGAGACACAUCAAUGUACAAAGGUUUCCGUAACAAGUUUGAAGGUAAGACUCCGUCCUUAAAGAAGCUGAGCAUGAAGUUUUUGGGUAUGAAGAUCCAGGAAGGGGAACAUAACUCGGUAGAAGAUGCGCAAGCAACGAUGAGUCUGUACAUGCUUUGUCGAAAGCAAUGGGAUCCUAAGCAAAAGAAGAGGAACAGUGCUGUUAAAGAAUAUUAUAAGUAUGAACCAAGAAAAGAAGUCAAAAGAACUAAUGUCGCGUCAACUUCAUACUUCGGCCAAGUCAACAAGUUAUCAAAGCUCCCGUCAUUCGAAACCAGAAUCGACAAGAAUAUUGAGAUUGUGACAAUAAACGGUAAUCAUCAGGAAUUAGUCAAGGAAAAGGAUGAAGAAAAAGCAGAAUGUGAGGGGUCAGAAUUGAAAAAAGGUCAAUCUGCAAAUAACCUUUCAACACUUGGUUCCAAUGUCAUCCAAACAGAAAAGACAAAUGGUAGUAGUAUUAUAUCAACCCCAGGACAACAGAAGGAGAUAUAAAAACUAGUCAAAUGCAUCUGCCGAGGAACUGGAUCCAGCAUGCAGACCUUAAAUCAGUGAGUUGGUCACUGUUUAUGACAUAAUUUUCCAGUCCUUUUUUUCUGCAGUGCUAAUAGAUUGAGAAGAAUUAUAGUGAAAUAUUGUUAAUUGUUACAGGGACAAGAUACACAAGUGGUAAAUCUAGCUUAAGAAUGUUACCAUCAACAGUGAAGGAACACUGUUACAUUAUAAAAACAAAAACAAAGAAAAAAACAGAAAUGAAUAAAGCAUCACCAAAUAAGGAAUUAACUUUCUUUAGAUAAGUAAAAGUCGUGUUUGAUUUUGUAUUUUAUAUUUUGUGGUUAACAUUACAAGGUAUAAUGGAUGAGAAUUAUACAUGAUUGCAUUAUGAUUUUAUUGUGUAAAAAAAAAAGUUAUUGUUUUCACUUCAGAGACUUUCCCAAAUAUUGUUAGGUUUGUGUUCUCACAAAAGAAAAUAAUCAGGUAUAGUGAAAAGCACAAGAUUAUUAUAAAGAUAUAUAUUAUAUACAUAUCUCUGUCACAUUUGUUAAUUAAAGAUAUUUUACAUAGCUCAA